GACGAUGGUUGUGUGUGAAAAGUGUAAAAAGAACAGGAGUGGGUUGUACGGUUAGCUCUCCCUAUCCUUGCCAAAAUGACGAAGCUAGGCUUCCUGCGUUUGUCCUAUGAGAAGCAGGACACGCUGCUGAAGCUCCUCAUCCUGUCUAUGGCUGCUGUCCUCUCAUUCUCUACCAGACUCUUUUCUGUGUUGAGGUUUGAAAGUGUCAUCCACGAAUUUGAUCCGUAUUUUAAUUACCGUACUACCCGCUUCCUGGCAGAAGAAGGCUUCUAUAAGUUUCAUAACUGGUUUGAUGACAGGGCGUGGUAUCCUCUGGGGAGGAUCAUUGGUGGCACUAUUUACCCAGGCCUGAUGAUCACCUCUGCUGUCUUCUACCAUGUUCUACAUUUUUUUCACAUCACCAUUGACAUCCGGAAUGUUUGUGUUUUCCUGGCUCCCUUGUUCUCCUCUUUCACCGCAAUCGUGACAUACCACUUCACUAAGGAGCUGAAGGAUGCAGGCGCUGGCCUCCUGGCAGCAGCCAUGAUUGCGGUGGUUCCUGGGUAUAUAUCUCGUUCUGUUGCUGGCUCCUACGAUAAUGAAGGUAUUGCCAUCUUUUGCAUGCUGUUGACUUACUACAUGUGGAUCAAAGCUGUGAAAACUGGCUCUGUGUACUGGUCAUCCAUGUGUGCUUUAGCAUACUUCUACAUGGUUUCCUCCUGGGGUGGCUACGUGUUCCUGAUCAAUCUUAUCCCUCUUCACGUCCUGGUUCUGAUGCUUACAGGCCGAUUCUCUCACCGUAUCUACGUGGCUUACUGCACAGUCUACUGCCUGGGCACCAUCCUUUCCAUGCAGAUAUCUUUUGUUGGCUUCCAACCCGUGCAGUCCUCAGAACACAUGGCUGCCUUCGGCGUGUUCGGGUUGUGUCAGAUUCAUGCCUUUGUGGAUUAUCUGCGCAGCAAACUGAAUGCCCAACAAUUUGAAGUGUUGUUCAAGAGUGUCAUUUCUCUGGUGGGCUUCGUCCUGCUGUCUGUGGGUGCUGUUCUCAUGCUGACUGGUAAGAUCUCUCCAUGGACGGGUCGUUUCUACUCCCUACUGGAUCCCUCGUAUGCCAAGAACAACAUCCCCAUCAUCGCCUCUGUGUCUGAGCACCAGCCCACAACCUGGUCAUCAUACUACUUUGAUCUCCAGCUGCUGGUCUUCAUGUUCCCGGUUGGUCUUUACUAUUGUUUCAACAACCUAUCAGAUGCCAGGAUUUUCAUCAUCAUGUACGGCGUCACCAGCAUGUACUUUUCUGCUGUUAUGGUACGUCUCAUGUUGGUGUUAGCUCCCGUUAUGUGCAUCCUGUCAGGAAUCGGCGUGUCUCAGGUGCUGACCACCUACAUGAAGAACUUGGACGUCAGCCGGCCAGACAAAAAGAGCAAGAAGCAGCAGGACUCCACCUACCCCAUCAAAAAUGAGGUUGCCAGUGGAAUGAUUCUAGUAAUGGCCUUUUUCCUCAUCACGUACACAUUCCACUCUACCUGGGUGACCAGUGAGGCCUACUCCUCUCCUUCAAUUGUCUUGUCUGCUCGAGGAGGCGACGGCAGCCGCAUCAUCUUUGAUGACUUCAGAGAGGCUUACUAUUGGCUCCGCCACAAUACUCCUGAUGAUGCUAAAGUCAUGUCCUGGUGGGAUUAUGGGUAUCAGAUAACGGCAAUGGCCAACCGAACAAUUCUAGUAGACAACAACACGUGGAACAACACGCACAUAUCCAGAGUUGGGCAGGCCAUGGCGUCCACGGAAGAGAGAGCUUACGAGAUCAUGAGGGAACUGGAUGUCAGUUAUGUCCUGGUUAUAUUUGGAGGACUGACAGGCUACUCCUCAGAUGACAUAAAUAAAUUUCUCUGGAUGGUGCGUAUCGGAGGGAGCACAGACACUGGCAGGCACAUCAAGGAGCACGACUACUACACACCCACCGGGGAAUUCAGAGUGGACCGUGAGGGCUCGCCUGUCCUGCUCAACUGUCUCAUGUACAAGAUGUGCUACUACCGCUUUGGUCAGGUCUACACAGAGGCCAAGCGCCCCCCUGGCUAUGACAGAGUGAGGAACGCUGAAAUUGGGAAUAAAGACUUUGAACUGGAUGUGUUGGAGGAGGCCUACACGACAGAGCACUGGUUGGUUAGGAUAUACAAGGUAAAAGAUUUGGACAAUCGAGGCCUUUCAAGGACGUAAAACCUUCAGAGGGAAGUCAAACAACAUUUUAGCGCACAGCACUGAAUGCCUUCCCCUGUGGCUGAAAAGUACUUUUAUACUUUUGUCUUGGGGGAGAUGAUUGCAUCAGAGAUUCUUUUUUUUUUUUUUUUCUUUCUUUCUUUCUUUUUUUGUAAGAAUGAAAUGUUUCAUCUGUGAUCAGAGGAAGUGUUCUGUGCCAUAAUGUGGCUAAAAAAACAAAACUGUGUUCAUUUAAGAGCGCUUUGGAUUUUUACAUUAUGGUCAAAUAAAGUCUGUUUAAACAUUAAAAAA